ACAUUUUUACAUUAGAUGAACAAACUUGACAUUUAUUACGAAGCUGAAGAAAAAUAUAUAUUCCGACACAAGUGGGAAUUAAAACCUGCCUCGUAUAAUGCAGUGUGUUUCUAACCGGAACAUUUUUCUCUGUGGUACACUAUUCACAUUGAGUUUAGAUGGACAUGCUUACACCUUAUUGUAAUAGAAGUAUUUAAAAUGGCAAGUGUUGGUAAGUCUGCAAAGCAAUGGGCCACAUUUGCAAGAAGCUGGUAUUUGAUUGAUGCAAAAAUGCAACCACCUGGAAAGAUAGCUUCCAUGAGUUCAGCAAGGCUGCAAGGAAAACAUAAACCAAUAUAUCAUGCAUUAAGUGACUGUGGAGAUCAUGUUGUGAUCAUAAACACCAGGCAUGUUGCAUUCUCUGGUAAUAAGUGGGAACAGAAGGUAUACUCCUCGCACUCGGGUUAUCCUGGUGGCUUUAAGCAAGUUACGGCAACUCAGUUACACCUCAAAGAUCCCACAGCAGUUGUUAAACUUGCUAUAUAUGGUAAGCUGCCAAAGAAUCUACAUAGGAGAACAAUGAUGCAGAGGUUACAUCUUUUUCCAGAUGAUAUUAUUCCAGAAGAUAUUCUUCAGAAUUUGGUUGAAGAACUUCCACAGCCACGGGUAGUGCCCAAACGAUUUGAUGAGUAUACCCAAGAAGAAAUAGAUGCCUUUCCAAGGCUAUGGACUCCACCCGAAGACUUCAGAAUGAAGUAAUGAAACAUCCUUAAUUAUAACCAGACAAAAAAAGGGACAGUAUAUCUGACGUUUUCUUCUUGCAUCAUUCAGCUGGCUGUAGUUGUGAAGUUUGUGGGUUUCUUUUAUAUAUAUGUGUAUGUCUACAUACACAUAACUACUUUUCAGAUGACAUCUUGGGUCUGUUUUUUUGGAAACUGCAAAUAUUUGCAACAUAUGAAAGAACCUUUAAAAAUAAAGUUUUGUAACAUUAA